AUGCAAAUGUCGAUAAUUGGGGCUGGUGUUGCUAUACAUGUCAUACAAGUACCAAUCGACUUUUCUCAAAGAGCGAAUCUGUCGGAAUUUCGGAUCAGCUUCGAUGAUCUGACCAAGCUCUGCCGACAAGAAAACAUUGUCUUGGAACGAGAUGGCUACAAGAUACUGUGCCUUCCAGCUGUUUUCGACGGUGGCUCCUUUCAUAGCAACUCCUUCCCUGGCUCCUCAUUGGCUAUGACACGGUCGUCUACUUUCCGCGAAAGGGCGGCCCAAAUCCUCUUCGCUAAUCGUAACUCGGGUAUCUUGGCCGGUCUGGUAUAUGGGGUCACGGACAACGUUAAUACUACUCGUGAAUGGCAAUCGGCCAUCACUGACUUCUGUGGAGCAUGGCACUCUCUCUACUCCAAUUACAUCUCCAACGUUGAGAAAAUCUUGUGGUUGCCAAGAACUUCUUCUACGGUGGCUCUUAUAGAUCACUUGGCUCGUGAAUGUGGCAGUCAGGUCAGCAAGGACAGUGUCACGGAGACUAAGCAUGUUGAUUUGCGAAUCGCCACCCCCGAAGACGUUGGGGAUGACGACUCUACUAGCAGCGAUACCGACUCUGAAGAUCACCCUCAAGCCUGGUCCAACGACGUUAAGGCCUACUUAGACUUAUCUACACUCCGUACAGUCUCGUCUACCGACCCCGAGGCUCUAAACCUAUGCAAGAAGCCUGGGUAUUUUUGGUCCAAUGGCACGCCAGGUUUACUCCUCCGACGUAUACGGCAUGAUCUAGGGGGGCGAGUGGUCCUGCAGGUUUUCAUCCCGAAGGAGUUUCGAGAGGCUCUGGUGAAAGAAGUUCACCUCGAGAGUAGCCAUGGUAAAUCGCCGAAUGUCGCUUCACGUCUAUCAAGCUUCUGUUGGUUCCCCGCUAUGAAGCGUUUCGCUGCACAAGUGAUCCGCCGCUGUGAUUCCUGCCAACUCGUCGACCCUGACGGUCAACAGUUACCACCGCCUGGUUCUCGUAAGGUCGAUGCCAAGAGUUGGUUCGAAGUUGGUAUAGAUUUGAUAGGACCCGUAAGGGCGUCCAGCGGAUCCGACUCAUCCUCUAUAACAGCCAGUCUUCUCACGGCAACAUGCGCCUACACAAGCUUCACGGCUGUAUUCCCUCUGGCUGGGUCUUUCAAGGCUCAAAACAUAUGCGAUGGUCUAUCGGUCAUCUUCAACCGCUUCGGCUAUCCUGUAAGACUACGAUGCGAUCGAGCCCAAGCUCAUCUCAGUAAGUAUAUGACGGAGUAUUGCCGCUUACAUGGACUACAAAUAAAAUAUUCUGCUUCGAGGGCCCCUUGGACACUCGGUUGGGUCGAGACUCGCCAUAGGGUUAUAAACUCCACGCUAGCUAGAAUGCUUGAAGGAUCGGGCCGUUCAUGGGACGACCCUGUCGUUAUCGCCAUGCUGGAGAACUGCAUCAACUCGUACGGCUUGGAUUACGAGGGCGCUGAGAACGUUAGCCCUUACGAGCUCAUGUUCGGCUUCACACCGUGCUCUGCCCUACAGGCACGGCUCCGUAUCGAGCAACUCGACUCUGACUUCGAUGAUAUCGAGACCGAUGAUCCGACCGAGUUGACAUCUAUGGCCCGCAAUAGAGCCCUCCGUCUAGACAGGCUUCAACAACGAUUUAUCUCGAUAUGGCAAGACCGUCGUGAGCGUGCCUUCGAGACUGCUUUGAACAAGAGCUCCAAGCACCGCAGUGAUCGUCCCAUCAGCAUUGGCGACAGAGUCCUAGCUUUGGGCCGUCGCGAGCAUAAAUGGAGUCGUCGUUUCCGUGGUCCUUUUAAGGUGACUCGUAUCAUUGGUAAACGUAUUGCUGUACUGGUACAUGAAAGUACUAACGUUGUGGAGGAACACCAUAUUAAAAACUUGAAGCUCUUCCGAGAAGACGACGAUAUUCCGGACGAGGGUGUCCUCGAUGUCGAUGAUGAUAGUCGUAUGGACGGAUUGGUCUCCGAUGACCCUGAGGACCUGAUUCACGAUAAGACCGUGCCCGACGAUGAUUCUCGAGUUGCUCAAGAUGGGAGCAACAAUUUUCCACCUCAGCCGAGGCCACAGAGAGCUGCUAAGGAACGUGCUUUGCAAGCUCUGCGAGCGCAUGAUUGGAAUGGUGAUGAUGACGAUACGUAA